AGCAAAACCGCUCUUUGUCAGAGGAGGCUCGGUUCAAGGAACCUGCCCGCGGAAUAGGUCAUAGCUAAAUCCUACCACGUCUUCCGUUGUGGCAUCUUAUAAGAAAUAAAGAGGUUGUCUUGAAGAGAAGCGUGCUGCCAAGGGAAUAGAAUGGGUAUUCCGUCCGAGCCAAGGGACAUGCUCACGCAGACAAAAGGCUUCUUAGUUGCUUCUCCAGCUGAAGAGCAGAAGAUUUUGAGGACUAAGCUAUGCACUGAUGAAGGAGUACGUGCUGGAUUCAAGGCAGCUUCCAUUGCUUGCAUUGCCAGUGCUGUUCCUACGUUGGUUGCAGUUCGUAAAGUUCCCUGGGCUAAAGCAAACCUCAAUUACACUGCUCAGGCACUAAUUAUUUCUGCGGCAUCAAUUGCUGCGUACUUCAUCACUGCUGAUAAAACCAUCUUGGAAUGUGCGAGAAAAAACUCCCAACUUGAGGAUUCUCUGAGACGCCAAAGAUAAUCUACAGUUCUGACUUCAAAACCACAACGUGGACGCCCCCAUCGGUUGCAGUCCAUGACAUUUCUGCUUCUUGUGAUGGCUAGUAGAUCGGCAUUUGACUAGCCUUCUGCAAAUCCCCCCCCCCCCAAAAAAAAAAAAAAGAACCUUUUUCAGAUGAGCUUAUAGGUGUUUGUUUCUGAAUAAAAAAAUGUGUACCAUGGAAUCUCUUUCCCUUGGCUACAUGAGUUGUAAUUUUAGUUGCUCAUUUUUCGCAUUGCUUUGUUUUCUGUGAUCGCUAUUUCCUUACUUUCGCUGAGCACUUCACCUGGUAUCUCCUCUGGUUUUAUUUAUGAAAUGAAUGACUAUGAACCAGAGCGAAUUGUGAUCAAUUCCAUGCCCUUAAAUUUAGAAGUUUAUUCGAUCGAAA